CCUCACCCGACUCUCUGUGUCCCCGUCCGUCCUACAGAGGCCUUUGACCUGGUCCUGCGUCACGGCCGUAACUCCACCCUGACCAUGCUGAAGUCGGAGUUCCCGAGCCUGGGCAGCGGAGCCCAGAGCUCCGUCGGUCAGCUCUUUCUGGACAUGGCGCACUACAUCCUGGGCUCAGAUUCAUCGGUGGACCACAUGGUGACGACGCUGUACGCGCGCCUCUUCCCCCUCGCAUACCGCCGCCUUCUGGGAGGCAGUCUGUCCUCCGUGUCGGAGGAGUGCGUGAGAGGAGCCUGGAAAGACUCGGGAGCAUUUGGCCCGUAUCCCAAACUCAUGAUGACCCGUCUGUCCCGCUCGCUCCUGGCCACGCGGGUCUUCCUGCAGGCGCUGAAUCUGGGCAUCGAGAUCAUCAACACCACGGAUCACCUGCGGCCCGGCCGGGACUGCAGCCGGGCCCUGCUCAGGCUGUGGUACUGCCCGUACUGCCAGGGCAUGCUGGGCCCCCCCGCCUGCAGGGGCUUCUGUCAGACUGUGAUGCAAAGCUGUCUGGGAGGCGCCGCCGAGGUGCAGCCUCACUGGAGGACCUACGUGGACGGACUGGGGAAACUGGCCAGCUCCAUGAGGGGGGAACAGGACAUGGAGGCGGUGGUUCUGAGGCUUCCCUCCAUCCUCAAGUUGGCCCUGAAGCACGCCGUGAACGCACGCACUCGCCUCAGCACCAUGGUGAGUCCACUGCCACGCCAUCUUUACUGAUCUGUACUGAUUAAUGAGUCGUUUUCACCU